CGAUGGACGCUUCUCCUUUUGGCUGCUGACGGAGCCGCGGGAAGAUGCCGAGCUGCUGCCACGCCAGCCAGCCGGGGCACGUUCCGGGAGAACGCCGGGGCACCGAGUGUCUAAGCUGCUUUUCUCCUCCCGUUGCUAGGGAAAUGGUCCAGGAGUGCCGGCUGUGAGCCUCCCCUCUCGUCAAGCCUGAGACUGCGGUUGUCAUUGCUCAAUUGAAGAAGCGGGACCCGAAAUUACAGACAUUAGCAAUGAUGUGUGAAGUGAUGCCCACGAUUAAUGAGGACACCCCAAUGAGCCAAAGGGGUUCCCAAAGCAGUGGCUCGGACUCAGACUCCCAUUUUGAGCAGCUGAUGGUGAACAUGCUGGAUGAAAGGGAUCGUCUUCUAGACACCCUUCGGGAAACCCAAGAAAGCCUCUCACUUGCCCAGCAAAGACUGCAGGAUGUCAUCUAUGACAGAGAUUCACUCCAGAGACAGCUCAAUUCAGCCCUGCCACAGGAUAUCGAAUCCCUAACAGGAGGGCUGGCUGGUUCUAAGGGGGCUGAUCCACCGGAAUUUGCUGCUCUGACGAAAGAAUUAAAUGCUUGCAGGGAACAACUUUUAGAAAAGGAAGAAGAGAUUUCUGAACUUAAAGCUGAAAGAAACAACACAAGGCUAUUACUGGAGCAUUUGGAGUGCCUUGUGUCACGACAUGAAAGGUCACUAAGAAUGACGGUGGUGAAGCGACAAGCCCAGUCACCCUCGGGAGUGUCCAGCGAAGUUGAGGUUCUCAAGGCGCUGAAAUCUUUAUUUGAGCACCACAAGGCCUUGGAUGAAAAGGUAAGGGAGCGACUGAGGGUUUCUUUAGAAAGAGUCUCUGCACUGGAAGAAGAACUAGCUGCUGCUAAUCAGGAGAUUGUUGCCUUGCGUGAACAAAAUGUUCAUAUACAAAGAAAAAUGGUAUCAAGUGAGGGAUCCACAGAAUCUGAACAUCUUGAAGGGAUGGAACCUGGCCAGAAAGUCCAUGAAAAGCGAUUGUCCAAUGGUUCUAUAGACUCAACUGAUGAAACAAGUCAAAUAGUUGAACUACAAGAAUUGCUUGAAAAACAAAACUAUGAAAUGGCCCAAAUGAAAGAACGUUUAGCAGCCCUUUCUUCCCGAGUGGGAGAGGUGGAACAGGAAGCUGAGACAGCAAGAAAGGACCUCAUUAAAACAGAGGAAAUGAACACUAAGUAUCAAAGGGACAUUAGGGAGGCUAUGGCACAGAAGGAAGACAUGGAAGAAAGAAUCACGACCCUUGAGAAGCGUUACCUCAGUGCUCAGAGAGAAUCUACCUCCAUCCACGACAUGAACGACAAGCUGGAGAAUGAGCUGGCGAAUAAGGAGGCCAUCCUACGGCAGAUGGAAGAGAAGAAUAGACAAUUACAAGAGCGUCUCGAGCUGGCUGAGCAGAAGUUGCAGCAAACUAUGAGAAAAGCUGAGACCUUACCUGAAGUGGAGGCUGAAUUGGCUCAGAGAAUCGCAGCCUUGACAAAGGCUGAAGAAAGACACGGAAACAUUGAAGAACGGAUGAGGCAUCUCGAAGGUCAACUCGAAGAGAAAAAUCAAGAACUUCAAAGAGCUAGGCAAAGAGAGAAAAUGAAUGAGGAGCACAACAAAAGAUUAUCUGAUACUGUGGACAGACUUCUGACAGAAUCCAAUGAACGCUUACAGCUACAUUUAAAGGAACGGAUGGCUGCUCUAGAAGAGAAGAAUGUUUUAAUUCAAGAAUCAGAAACUUUCAGAAAGAAUCUGGAAGAAUCUUUACAUGAUAAGGAAAGGUUAGCAGAAGAAAUUGAAAAGCUGAGAUCCGAACUUGACCAGUUGAAAAUGAGAACUGGCUCUUUAAUUGAACCCACAAUGUCAAGAACUCAUCUAGACACCUCAGCUGAGCUGCGGUAUUCUGUUGGAUCCCUAGUGGACAGCCAGUCUGAUUACAGAACAACUAAAGUAAUAAGAAGACCAAGGAGAGGCCGCAUGGGUGUGAGGAGAGAUGAGACAAAGGUGAAAUCUCUUGGAGAUCAUGAGUGGAAUAGAACUCAACAAAUUGGAGUGCUAAGCAGCCACCCUUUUGAAAGUGAUACAGAGAUGUCUGACAUUGAUGAUGACGACAGAGAAACAAUCUUCAGCUCAAUGGACCUUCUCUCUCCAAGCGGUCAUUCUGAUGCCCAGACACUGGCCAUGAUGCUUCAGGAACAACUUGAUGCGAUCAACAAGGAAAUCAGACUAAUUCAAGAAGAAAAAGAAUCCACAGAGUUACGUGCUGAAGAAAUUGAGAACAGAGUGGCUAGUGUGAGCCUGGAAGGGCUGAAUUUAGCCCGGGUCCACCCAGGUACCUCCAUCACUGCCUCGGUCACAGCGUCUUCGCUGGCCAGCUCGUCUCCCCCUAGUGGACACUCAACACCAAAGCUCACACCUCGAAGUCCUGCCAGGGAAAUGGAUCGUAUGGGAGUCAUGACACUGCCAAGUGAUCUAAGGAAACAUCGGAGAAAGAUUGCAGUGGUAGAAGAAGAUGGUCGGGAGGAUAAAGCAACAAUUAAAUGUGAAACUUCUCCUCCCCCUACCCCUAGAGCCAUCAGGAUGACUCACACCCUCCCUUCUUCCUACCAUAAUGAUGCCCGAAGUAGUUUAUCUGUCUCCCUCGAGCCUGAAAGCCUUGGGCUUGGCAGUGCCAACAGCAGCCAAGACUCUCUUCACAAAGCCCCCAAGAAGAAAGGAAUCAAGUCUUCAAUAGGACGUUUGUUUGGUAAAAAAGAAAAAGCUCGUCUUGGGCAACUCCGAGGCUUUAUGGAGACCGAAGCUGCAGCUCAGGAGUCCCUGGGGUUAGGCAAACUGGGAACUCAAGCUGAGAAGGAUAGAAGACUGAAGAAAAACACAUCAGGGCAUGAACUUCUAGAAGAAGCUCGGAGAAAGGGAUUACCUUUUGCCCAAUGGGAUGGGCCCACUGUAGUCGCAUGGCUAGAGCUCUGGUUGGGAAUGCCUGCUUGGUACGUGGCAGCCUGCAGAGCCAAUGUGAAGAGCGGUGCCAUUAUGUCUGCUUUAUCGGACACUGAGAUCCAGAGAGAAAUUGGAAUCAGCAACCCUCUGCAUCGCUUAAAGCUCCGAUUAGCAAUCCAGGAGAUGGUUUCCCUAACCAGUCCUUCAGCUCCUCCAACAUCCAGAACUUCCUUCUCCAAAUUAUAUCAUUUUCUGAUAAAGAAUGUGAUUUCUGAUGUUAAUUGGAUUUUUCUGGUUCCAUGUCUUAUACAAAAAAGAGAAAAAAGGAAAAAUGAGCCUUCAGGCAACGUUUGGGUGACCCAUGAAGAAAUGGAAAAUCUUGCCGCUCCAGCAAAAACGAAAGAAUCUGAGGAAGGAAGCUGGGCCCAGACCCUGGCAUAUGGAGAUAUGAACCAUGAGUGGAUUGGAAACGAAUGGCUUCCCAGUCUGGGGUUACCUCAGUACAGAAGUUAUUUUAUGGAAUGCUUGGUAGAUGCAAGAAUGCUAGAUCACCUAACAAAAAAAGAUCUCCGCGUCCAUUUAAAAAUGGUGGAUAGUUUCCAUCGAACAAGUUUACAAUAUGGAAUUAUGUGCUUAAAAAGGUUGAAUUAUGACAGAAAAGAACUAGAAAGAAGACGAGAAGCAAGCCAACAUGAAAUAAAAGAUGUGUUGGUGUGGAGCAAUGAUCGUGUUAUUCGCUGGAUACAAGCAAUUGGACUUCGAGAAUAUGCAAAUAAUAUUCUUGAAAGCGGUGUGCACGGCUCCCUUAUAGCCCUGGAUGAGAACUUUGACUACAGCAGCUUAGCUUUGUUGCUACAGAUUCCAACACAGAACACCCAGGCAAGGCAGAUUCUUGAAAGGGAAUACAAUAACCUCCUGGCUCUGGGAACCGAACGGCGCCUGGAUGAAAGUGAGGACAAGAAUUUCAGGCGUGGGUCAACUUGGAGAAGGCAGUUUCCUCCCCGUGAAGUACAUGGAAUCAGCAUGAUGCCCGGGUCCUCAGAAACACUGCCGGCUGGAUUCAGGUUAACUACAACGUCUGGGCAGUCGAGGAAAAUGACAACGGAUGUUGCUUCAUCAAGACUGCAGAGGUUAGACAACUCCACUGUUCGCACAUACUCAUGUUGACAAGCCACUCAAAGGAGGCAGCACUGACUUGCUGACAAAAGUGGGCAAGAUGCAUGGAAGUGCACCAGGAAUAGCAGAGGGAGCUUUUCCAGUCUGGGAUCUUUCAGUAAACUAAUGUCCAUUACACAUUUUAGAUGCCGUCUUUUCAGUCUACUCUGCCUAAAAGUGCACUACCGUCUACGAAGACAGCAGUGAAAACCUUUGUGAAGACUGAAUUCUAAGGAAAUAAUCACAAGUAAUGGUUCAUUCACUGAAAUGUGAUUUUGGGGGGAGUCAGAUAUUAAGUUUGAUUAGUUUACUACAACUGUAAGAAAAUGCUUAAGUCAUUUGAAUAAUAAGCAUCAUCCACAUCAUAAAUUCUGUACAACAGAUGCUUUUAUGAAAUGGAGCCACUUGUUUUUUCAUGUUUUAUUGUAAUAUACUAGGCCUUUAUGUAUUACUGUGUAUGUAUUUCUUUUUAAAUGUGUAAGUCUUAUGUAAAUGGAUAUAAAUAUGAUUUUUUAAAAAAUAAAAUAUAUGGUUCAUGGAGUCUUGAGUGCAAACAUUUGACAAUUCCAAGUACUGUUUGUAUUUUACCAUUCCACCAUUUUUACAGUUUUUGAAUUGUAACAGUCAAAUCGGUAUGUUUCCUGGAAGCACGCUUCAUGCUUCCACAUGGUUCUCCUUCAAGUCUGUCAAUCCUUAAAGCUGAAAACCUGCCUCUGAUCAUGUAAAAAAGAAUGAUUUAACCUGGAACUGGAGCCAAAAAUAGACCUUUAAAGGCAAUCAGGGAUGUCCUAUAUCUUUAGAAAUAGCACUGUGAUGGCUCGAUCUCCUUUUCAAUACAAAACAAAGCCAAACUGUUUACAAGAAUCAAAGCAAUUAUUUAAAAAAAAUUUAUAAAGAAAAAACAUUAUCUUCUCUUGUUACCUGUGGACCAAGGAACAAAAACCUUCUUUACUAAGAACCACAUGUUCAUCCAAAUAUCCUGAACCGCCAGCCAGAAGCACUGUUCAGUGACUGUCAACCACUGCAGAGUCUGAGGUCAUCUCCACUGGAAAAAACAAAAUCCCCAGAAACCCUUCCUUUUUGUCAAUGUAACAGGGCAUUAGCCAGACUCAUGUCUAAUGUUAUAAGCUUUUAGCCCAGAAGGCCUUGUUGGGACUUCCCUGAAGUCAGUCUUAUCAGAGGAAAUAACUGAAAGACAGAAUGAUUAACAUAUAUAGUGUAUAAAAGUAUAGAAGAGUAAUCUCUUCCCUGUGGCUUUAUUUGGUGGUGUUAACUGUUGUUUAUUCUUUGUUUAUAUGGGAAAUUUCAAAGUAAAAUCUAUUUAAUAAUAUCAUUUAUCUAACUGCUGAUUUUCUGCUGCUUGAUCUUAUUAAGAGCAAGACCUGUCAUUAGUAAUUCUUUUUUUUUGUAUUUAAUUUGCUAUGUUUGCACGUACAUUACAUUUGUUUGGAUGUCGAUUUUUGUUUAACAGACUCAGUCAAAAGGUAAUGGUAACAGAAAACCUCUCCAUUGUCAAUAAAAAAAGUACUUCCA